CUCCAACUGCCGUCACCAUUUGGCAAUUAUAGCCAAUUCUUUUGAUUCUCAUUCAUUUCUCUUCUUCAGUCUUCACCGAAAAACUUAACCUCUUCCUUUCGAUCUCAAAAGCUUUCAGUAUUUCGCCGGUGAAAUUACCUCUCUCUUCUCCCAAAUCUGCCUCAUGGUUCUCAACCCACUUCAUUGACCAUCAGGCCACACUCUUGGGUGCAAAUGUAAGCAAACAAGAGACACCUGUGACGCUUAAGAUAUUUUGAAUACCCUUGACCACUGGUUUAAUUCUACGAGUGUCAGAAGUUUUCUUUUUUUCUUAAACUCUGUCGAGUCAAACUCCGACACAUAAAUUGGAACUAAUGGAGCAAUUAUCUGAUCUAGAUUGGUUUGUUAGCCUCUUUGACUAGAGAGUGUAAAUUCCCCUCAGGUGGUACUAAACAAGAUUUCUAGCAAGGAAUAUGGUUUAUCACUCCAGUUUUGUUGACGAGGAAGGAAUUAGUAAAGCUUGUGGAUGCCCUUUAUUACCUCUGAAAAGCCAUAUAAAGGGACCUGCUCCAGUUUCAGAACAAGAUACAACUGAUAUUGUGGAUGAAGCAAUCACAUUCUUCCGAGCAAAUGUCUUCUUCAAAAACUUUGAUAUUAAGAGCUCAUCUGACAAGCUACUUAUCUAUUUGACAUUGUAUAUCAACAUCGCUCUAAAGAGGCUUGAAGGCUGCAGAACUUUAGCUGAAGGAACCAAGGCUAUCAUCAAUCUAGGUCUGGAAACGGUUCCUGUACCUGGAGAGUCAGGUUUUCCGUUCCCAGGCUUAUUUACUGCUGCCCAAUCAAAAAAAGAAGCAGAACUAUUCAGGAAUUACCUAAGGCAAAUAAGGGAGGAAACUAGUGGGAGAUUAUUAAGUGUUGCUUAUCGACAUAAUGGAACUCCUAACAAAUGGUGGUUAGCAUUUGCCAAGAGAAAGUUUAUGAACAUGGUUCUUCCUUGACUAAGUUUCUGGUGUUGACCAGAGCUUCAACUUCUGCAGAGGGUGAUUUUGCUGCUACAGAAUUCGUAGUCUACAUAGUGGUUGGUUUGUAAUGAACAAUGGCUGGUGAUGCACAAUGUUUUUCAGGACAAGACUUUCUAUGGGAGCAUCUAAUAUGCUUAUCCAAAGAAUUGCUUUUGUCUCAUUUCAUGUGUUAUCAACGAAUAAUUGAACCGAGAACGCAUAAUAUUACUUUGUGCACUUUGUAGAUUACUCUACUUGUAAUUGCUCAAGUAGUGGGCAUUCAUACACUCGACUCUAACUUGUUUGGAGUUGAGGCAUAGCUGUUGUUGUAAUUGUAAUUGCUUAAGCUAUAUGUAUUAUUAGUGUAAACUGUGUGAAAGAAGUGUGCACCAAAAUGACCCAAUUUGCAAGAAAGGGAUUUAGACAAAGAUAUCUGGUGGGCCAACUAGAUAUGUGUCUUUCAUAUUCAAGUCAUAAAAAUGUAUUUUGAUGAUGUUGAAUCAAAUAAAACAAUGCCAAAUACUGCUUAUGUCA